UUGAGUGAUGUCAAUGUGUUAAGCUAAAUUCUACUUCUAUGACACAAUAUUAAAAACUUUAUUGAUGAUUAUACAUUUUUUUCAAUUAUUUGAGCCAAAAUUUUGGUGUUAAUACCAAAAUUGUUGACUACUCCUGGUGAAUCUAAUUCUGCUUUGUGGUAUCCUGAUUCCGGAGCCUCUGCCCACAUGACGGCCUCAGAAGGACCGAGCCACGGGAGCAGUGCUUCUACGAGCUACCAGUAGUGGACCCAUUUAUCCUCUUCGUCUGCCAUCAUCACCACCUUUAGUUCUAGCUUCUGUUUUGGCUUCUGGCCCUGUGUGGCACCGUAGACUAGGUCACUGUGGUGACAACAUUUUACAGUUUCUUAAACGCUCUCAAUUUUUAUGUACUCAUACUCCGUUUACCCAUGCUUGUGUGGCUUGUCGAUUAGGAAAAUCACAACGUUUGCCUUUUACGGAUGCUAGUCAUAAUUGUUCCCUUCCUUUACAAAUUAUUCAUUCUGAUGUAUGACAAUCUCCUAUUUCUUCUAAUUUGGGUUUCAAGUAUUAUGUAUACUUAAUUGAUGAUUAUUCUCGCUUUACUUGGAUCUAUCCCAUGUGUCAUAAAAGUGAAGUUUUCAUGCACUUUAAAAAUUUUAAAGUUUUGGUUGAAAAUCUACUUAAUCAAAAAAUUAAAACUUUUCAAAGUGAUGGCGGGGGUGAAUUUGUUAAUCGUAAUAUGCAGCAAUUUUUUACAGAUAAUGGAAUUUAUUUUCAAAAAUCUUGUCCCGACACACCUCAACAAAAUGGGGUUGCUGAGCGCAAACAUAGACAUCUUCUAGAAUUAACUCGUACUAUGCUUCUUGAAGCCUCGGUACCAAGUCACUUCUGGGUUGAUGCACUCUUUAUUGCUGCAUAUAUUAUUAACAGAUUACCUUUUCCUACAUUAAAUGGUUACUCCCCAUAUCAAAAAUUGUUUCAUCGCGUGCCAGAUUAUUCUUUUAUGCGUGUUUUUGGAAGUGCAUGUUACCCGAAUUUUACGGCUUCCUCAGCCAAUAAACUAUCUCCGAGGUCUGUUCAGUGUGUUUUUCUUGGCUAUGCAUCCGGUUAUAAAGGCUAUCGUUGUUAUGAUCCUAUUACCGGUCGGGUCCAUAUAAGUCGUCAUGUUCGGUUUCAUGAAGAUAUAUAUCCUUUUCAACACCUUUCUCACACUGGUCCAGUUGUUUCGUCUUCUUCCAGUCCGUUUCCCAUGAAGCUCACAGCCAUCCCACCAACCUUAGAACCCAAUGAGUCUCCUACUCCACAACUGCCUAAAUCCACGGCCAGACCACCUGCUCCCAUUAACUCUAUUGCUUUCUUGCCAGAUAAUUCCCCUCCAUCUUCGGCCAAAGCUUCACGCUGUAACUCCACCAUCCCAUCCACUCCCAGUACACCAGGCUCAGCCGACACCACUCCCAUGACCCCUUCCACUGUUCAUUACUCACCCGAGUCCAUACCCGAAACCAUGCCUUCUGCCACCAGUCCUGUUGUCCCACCUCCGGUCCUCAACUUGCAUCCCAUGCAAACCCGAGCUAAAUCGGGUAUUUUUAAACCAAAGCAAAUUUUUAACUUGAGUACAGUUGUUAAUCAGCCAGAUCCAACUUGCUUUACUGAGGCCAAUAAACAUUUAAAAUGGAGGGAAGCUAUGGCUGAUGAAUUUAAUGCCCUCAUUAAUAAUAAUACUUGGGAUUUGGUGCCCUUUGACAAUUCUAAGAAUAUUGUUGGGUGUAAGUGGAUUUAUAAGACUAAGUAUCACUCUGAUGGGUCUGUUGAACGGCAUAAAGCUAGAUUAGUUGCUCAGGGAUUUAAUCAACAGGCUGGUAUUGACUUCUCAGAAACUUUCAGUCCUGUUAUUAAACCUACCACCGUUCGUAUUGUUCUUACUUUUGCAGUCUCGUUUGGUUGGGUUAUGCGUCAACUUGACGUCAAAAAUGCCUUUUUACAUGGUCACCUCACUAAGGAAGUCUAUAUGCGUCAACCCCGUGGUUUUGUUCAUCCUCAAUUUCCUAAUCAUAUGUGUCGUUUGCGCAAGGCCAUUUAUGGCCUUAAGCAAGCUCCACGGGCAUGGUUUCAUAGGUUUAGCAGUUUUCUUCUGCAGCAUCACUUUUGUUGUAGUAAGUCUGAUAAUUCACUUUUUAUUUAUCGCCAUAAUAAUAAUAUUAUUUACUUAUUAUUAUAUGUAGAUGAUAUUAUUAUUACUAGCAAUUCUGAGUCUAUCAUUACCCACUUCAUCUCUGUUAUUUCUAAUCAUUUUGCUAUGAAGGAUUUGGGUAAUUUACAUUAUUUUUUGGGUGUUGAGGCGACUAGGUCCCUCAACGGUCUCUUUCUCUCUCAGAAUAAGUAUGUGUCUGAUCUCUUAACCCGGUUUCAUCUCCAUACUGUCAAACCCGUUCGCACCCCAUUAGCGUCUCGCACAACUCUCUCUCUGUCUGAUGGCGAGUUACUUACUGAUGCCACUGAAUAUCGCAGCAUGGUAUGUGCGUUGCAAUAUUUAACUUUGACACGGCCUGAUAUUACUUAUGCAGUACACUUAGUGUCUCAAUUUAUGCAUGCUCCUCGUACUACUCAUCUCUUUGCAGUCAAGAGAAUUUUCAGGUAUUUGCAGGGACACGUGAUCAUGGACUUUGGCUUCAAUGCUCUGCAAAACCGACGUGUGUGGUAGCAUAUUCUGAUGCAGAUUGGGCUGGCUGUCCGGAUAGUUCUCGGUCCACAACAGGUUUUGCAGUAUUUUUAGGUCCGAAUCUGAUUUCCUGGAAGUCUAAGAAGUAGCCUACAGUGUCCAAAUCUUCUACAGAAGCAGAAUAUCGUGCCAUUGCCUACACAGUUCAGGAUACGUUGCACAUCAGAUCAAUUUUAUUCGAGCUUGGUUUUCCCAUCACCGAACCUGUCCGCCUGUUAUGUGACAAUGUGUCCGCCUCCUAUCGGACUGCUAAUCCCAUCCAGCAUGCUCGCAGUAAACAUAUACAGAUUGAUUAUCACUUUGUUCGCGAACGUGUUGCUCAUGGAGAUCUGGUUGUUAGACAUGUUCCUACUCAUCUUCAACUGGCAGAUAUCUUUACUAAGAGUCUCCCUAGUCAGCGUUUUCAUUUUUUAAAGGACAACCUGCGCGUUGUUUCUCCCGCACAGAUUGAGGGGGUGUAAUAGAAUUAUUAGUUAAGGAUAUUUGUGUAAUUUUAUAU